UCCACCUACUGUGUGUGUGUGCUCGUUGACCACUCCAGUGAGAGGAACAGUGUUUAGGGAUCGCUAUAUAUACCGCAGCCCGUCGCGUCUCUUCUUAGUCACUGGAGCUUUUACGCACGAAAGCCAUCGCCUCUUCCCACCGAUCCAGCUGUGAUAAUAAUGUCUCACGGAUGGGGAUACGGAGCACAUAACGGACCACACACAUGGCAUGAGAAGUUUCCGAUAGCUAAUGGACCCCGCCAGUCUCCCAUUGACAUUGUGACUGGUGAGGCUCAGUAUGACCCUGAGCUCAAGCCACUCACACUGCAUUAUGAUCCAUCAGUAUCACUGGACAUCAUCAACAAUGGCCACUCCUGCCAGGUCACUUUUGCAGAUGAUGAGGACACAGCAACUCUGACAGGGGGGCCAAUAACCGGCACCUACAGACUGAAACAGUUCCAUUUUCACUGGGGAUCAAGCGAUGAUAAGGGCUCCGAGCACACAGUUGAUGGAAAAAUGUACCCUGCUGAACUUCAUCUAGUUCACUGGAAUACUACAUAUCCCAACUUUGGAGAAGCUGCGAGCACGUCUGAUGGCCUUGCUGUAGUUGGAGUCUUCUUGGAGAUUGGCGAUGAAAACCCUCGACUCCAGAAGGUCCUUGAUGCACUGGAUGCCAUUAAAGGAAAAGGAGCACAGACUUUAUUUCCAGACUUUGACCCCACUAUCCUGCUGCCUAGCACUCUGGAGUACUGGACAUAUGAUGGCUCUUUGACCACGCCCCCUCUACUCGAGAGUGUUACAUGGAUCGUUUGCAAGAAGUCAAUCAGUGUCAGCUCUGCACAGAUGGAGAAAUUCCGUGGCCUGUGCUUCUCGGCAGAGGGCGAGCAUGAGUAUUGUAUGGUGGAUAACUACCGCCCACCACAGCCUCUGAAAGAUCGUAAAGUCCGCACAUCUUCUGCAUGAGCUGCUCCUGUAUUCUUAAGCACAUCCCGGCCCUUUUCAUGUUGUUUUGUUUGUACAUAAGAGUAAUAUUUCCCUGCCAUCUGGCAAGAGCACUACUGAAUCUUUGUUUUCUUUUGCGUUCCACUUUUUAUAUAUAGAGUAGAUAGUCAUAAGAAGAUUAAUAUGCUUCUGUGCAAUGGGGGUAGGCCACUCGGCCCAUCGUAAUCACAAUUCACCAAAACAUACACACAAAUAAACCAAAAGUCCAACACUAUGCUGCAGGAAUAUUUUUAAAAAGUGGGCCAUCCGUCAUGGCUACUGUCAGUAAUCUCUUUCUGCCUGCUUCAGGAUCAUGGCAGCUUUUAGCAGAAACCAUCACAAUAUCCUUAAAAAUAUCUCUUUCACAGAUACUGUACUGUGCAAGCGUUUCAGUUGUGCAGUUUUCUAAGGAAAUCAGUACUUAUUAAUCAGUAGUUCCAGGUUUCUUGGAGAACUUGAUACUCUUCUUCUUCUUGGUCUAUUACCUACUAUGGUCCAAAUCAUGAAUCAAAUUUAAAAAAAAAAUCUUUGUAGCAUUGAUUUUUUUUUAAACAAAAAAAGUAAUCUUUCGAAAUCUAAUUUUUCUUUUCCAUUGAUACUAAUGCAAUAAACACAACACAGGCAACAUAAGACAAAAUGCAUAUAAAAUGUGUUGCCUAAAACAUUUGCACAGUACCGUAUGUGUGUCAUGGUAUCAUACCUACGCUGAAAAACACACACACGUACAAUAUCUGCACAAGUCCCUCAGAGGAGAAGUGUAGGGUAUGUUUGAGUAUGGAAUCCUCAAAACGGAAGUGUGCUUUGAAUUUGAUGUCUUCUAGAGCAGCUUAGAAUGAACUGUGAACUUUGUGUGAAAGCGUAUGUACUGUAGUGUAUGUUCAGUUUCUUAUGAUUCCCUAAAGAUAUCUAAUGAACACAUAGUUGCUGGUGAGUUGUGCUUAAAGGAAGGGCUCGUGCACUAAAAAAGCAUACUAUUUUACUACAGAUUGCAGUCAGCUCACCAAAACACAUUCAUUCAGCAAAAUAUAAUGUUUUGAAAGUUUCCUUCCUUUUCUUGUCAUGGGACCAGAGAAUUUGUGGUGAUUAGUUGAACUGAAAGUAUCCAAUGUGUUGAUCGUAUUAGAUUUGGAAUGAAUGUGACUUAGCAUAAUGUAGUUAGAACUACGUUAUGCUAAAUUAUUCAAAGAUUUUAAUUAAAAAUGUUAUAUUAAAUUAUUAAUUAUUAAUAUUAGUUUUUGUGCAGUAAAUAAGACAGCUAAUAAAAAACAAAUAAUUGCCAUGCUAAACUGUUUAAUUUAUAUUUAUAUGAAUUAAAAUAUUUAAAUAAAUGCUUAGCAGGUGA